UGUCAAUUUGUUACAUUUCCGAAUGACAGAUAGAUAAAGUGUGUUGCGGAAAUUUUCGAAGUUUUCAUCAAGAUUUAGAAAAUUAAACGUACUUGAGACAAAAUUUGGCACCUGUAUUUAUUUUAUAUAUAAUGGGCAAAAAGGGAUUCACUGCUUUCAUCAAGGAUUUCUACUACGACCCAUUUAAAUGGUCAAUAGUGAAGAGUGUUGGAUUUUUCUCAGUCGGCUUAGUGAUCGCGAGCGAAUGCACGGGCCUAGAGGUGAUGCCCGCUGUACCACAGUAAAACCAACAUCCACAUACAAAACACGUUAACCGACAGUUAAAAAAAUGCAGAAUUAUUUAUUUUUCACGUUUUUGUUUACACAUGUUGUGUGCCAAGAGAAAAGGCCCAACUUCGUCAUCAUUUUAACAGAUGAUCAAGAUGUUGUUUUAGGAGGGAUGAACCCUAUGAAGAAUGUGCGUCGCUUCAUCGGGAAUGAAGGGACUACAUUUUCGAACUCUUACGUGACGUCACCAAUAUGCUGCCCGAGCCGCGCUAGUCUGCUCACGGGGCUCCACGUGCACAAUCACUUGACGUGGAACAACAGCCUUCACGGUGGCUGCUACAGCCGCACUUGGAAGAAACUCGAGAUGCGGACCUUUGCCAAGGCGUUGAAGGACUCUGGAUACAAUACGUUUUACGCAGGGAAAUAUUUAAAUGAGUAUGGUACGGCGGCUGCGGGAGGUCCUGAACAAGUACCUCCAGGAUGGACGGAAUGGCACGGCCUGGUCGGCAACUCCGUCUACUACAACUAUACAAUAUCCAACAACGGCGUACCAACCUAUGCCACUGAUUUGUACCUCACAGAUAUUAUCCGAGACCUAGGCCUGAACUACAUAGAGAACCAGACGGACAGCCAGCCAUUUCUCAUGAUGCUGGCGCCGCCCGCGCCACACCAGCCCUUCACGCCCGCGCCGCGUCACGAGGCCGCUUUUGCCAACAUCACCGCUGUUAGACAUCCUAACUUCAAUCUGGCUGUAACGGACAAACACUGGCUAAUAACAAUGCCACCAACGCCCCUGCCCGACAAAAUGCUACCAGAGUUAGACCGAGUGUACCGCGCGCGCUGGCAGAGCCUGUUGGCCGUCGACGAGAUGCUGGCAGACGUCGUCGAGGCGCUGGACUCUGCCUCGCUGCUCACCAACACUUACUUGAUCUACACCUCUGAUAACGGAUACCAUAUCGGUCAAUUCUCCCAAGUAUACGACAAAAGGCAGCCAUACGAGUCUGACAUCAAAGUACCGCUUAUAAUUCGAGGCCCAACCAUACCAAAGAAUACCACAGAUGACCAACCAAUAUUGAACAUUGAUUUAGCUCCAACAAUUAUGGCAUUAGCUGGGUUAACGCCCCCUCAAAGUAUGGACGGACGUAGCAUAAAAUUUGACAUGAAAAACGAUUUAGAGAGUCCCCCUAAGAAGGGGGUACAUCCCAUAGAAUGGCUUGAUGCAAAUAAGGAUACAGAGAGAAAUAUGCUAAUAGAAUAUUACGGGGAAGGCAGGGAUGGUUCGGUCGAUGAGAAUUGUCCUUGGAAAUAUGAUGGUAAUAAUCUUGCUGAAUGUUACCCGCAAUAUGAUUGCAAGUGUCAAGACGCAAGAAAUAAUACGUUUGCAUGUUUGCGACACAUUGCCAAGCGAAUCAACAUCAAAUAUUGCAGUUUUGCUGAUUCUAAGGAAUUCACCGAAAUGUAUGACCUAGCAAGUGAUCCAUACGAGUUGACAAAUAUUAUUGACCAAAUGCUGCCAUCUGUGAAACACUGGUACCAACUGAUCCUUGCACAGAUGUUGACAUGCAAAGGUUUCCGAAAUUGUGAUAAUCCGUUGGAGAAUGCGAAAGUUUAUGGUUAAUUUAUUGUGUUAUAAUGUAUAUAUUUUGAGAUACUCGCCAUAUUUGAGUCAUAUCAAAAGUACGGUUCAGUAACUAAAAGUACGGUUUGAGGGCUAAAAUCGUACUUUUGAUAUGACAGUAGACACCAAGCAAAUAUGGCGAGUGAGUUCUAAAAAUGUACGCACUAUAUUUAAAAAAAACAUUAUCUAUCCUACUAAACGAUUUAGCAUCACGAUCCAUACGAUAAAUCGUA